AUGACUAAAAAGCGAGCAUUCGCUUCCGAAGAGGGAGACUGCGCUAGCAACAAACGUGCCCGCACUGAACCGAGCGCGAGCGCGAGCAACAACAGGAACAUGGCUAUCAACACAGCGCUGAGCAGAGCCAAUAUCGGGAAGAAAUACUCCUGGAUGAACCGGGAUACAGGUGCUCUUGAGAAGCCUCAGCCUCCCGCCCAUAAGGCUGAGGGAAAGGAAGGAGAAGAAGGGCUUGCGGACUAUCCAGGAAGCCCUGAGUCAUACACCGCCUCUGCCCCUGUUACAGUUGUCAAUGGUGACCCUAUACAACCGAGCAUUGAGAAUACGUUUGGAGACGCAUCCGAGGAAUUCGACGAAGAACUAGCGGCAAUGGAAAAGGCACUGGCUGAGGAAGAAGAACGGGCGAAAAUGGAAAAGACACCAGCUGAGGACGAAGAGUUCGACGAGAUAGUGGCUGCUAUGGAGAAGGAAUUGGCCGAGGAUCAGAUGGUCAAGUCUAAGUCUGGCAACGGCUCCUCGGAGUCCCCUAUCCUUAUCUCCUCCAGAGAGUCUAGCCCCGUCAACAUCCCAUCUAAAGAGGAUACGCCUGCCAAGAACAUCGCAGAAUCGAAGAAGCCGGCCCUCCCAACUCCACCUAAGACGGACGAUGAGAAUAAGAAGGCUAGACAGCAGAAACAACAGAAACCGGCAAAGAAACCAGCGCAGAAGAAGCCGCUGCAAAAGAAGCAGACGCCUGUUGUUCAAGAACCUGAGGAAGACCCCGCCGUAGCGGAAGCUCAAGAACAAGAAGACCUAUACGCCAUGCUAAAUUAUAUCUACCAAUUUGCCUAUUAG